AUUGCAGCAUUCUCCACUUCCGAUACAUAUAAGAAUCGUUUUGCUAUCCCACUCAAAUCUGGAAUCUAUUGAAUAAUAAUGUCGGCCCAAGCUCAGUCUGCCAGUGCCAACAGCACUUUGCGUCCCACAAUCUUAUUGCUUUCCCUUGAAAAAGAGAGUUUCUGGGAAGAGCAAUACUCAGACCUCGUCAAACUGAUUGGGACGGAUGCAAACAUUGUUCGACUCACAAAGGCUGAUGGCGCCCUUGACUAUCUCACGAACAAUACACCAUCUGCGAUUCUCGUCACUGACCCGGCCAUGGUCAAACGUAAGCCUUCUUUUUCAGUCGUCAGCCAGAAGGUUGUCGAGUACGUCCGUAACGGUGGUACAGCCGUCUUGGCCACCCACUUUAGCAGUUUUGUCCGACCGAAUGACUUGGGCCAGUGGUUCCAGAGAAGCUGGGGCUUGCCAUGGAUCGCCGGGGACUAUCACCGCACGACCGUGCAAUUGAAUCACGACUGCUCAUCCCCCCGCCUAGAGCAAGCUGAAAUGCUCAAAGAAUAUAGCCAAAAGGCUGUCUUUCUUAAGAACGUCCCAAAGGAUGCAGCGCUCUAUCUGCCGUCCUCUGAUUCCAGGACCGAGAGCUUCGGUUUUCCUGCUUCCCCUGUCGACACUUCCCAAGUGCCUGUCGUAUUUGCCAAAGUCGGCAAUGGCCGACUGGGUUACGUUGGAGACGUUAACAAUGAGUGGGGAUCUGUAGCAGUUGUCUUGUAUAUGAUUGGCCUGAAUCCCGAACCUUGAAGCAACCAUACCUCAUGGCACAUUCAAAAUGGUGAGCGGAUAGAUUCAAAAGCACAAUCCCAACACAUACUAACGAGGUUACCUGAAGACCAUUGUUUUCGAUACAAGGGCAGAACGCAGCACAUACUAUUUCAGCUGGACAGCUCGAUGCUAAUAAACCAACUGUCAAUUUUUUUAUUUUCUUGCUAUCGCU